GUGUGUGUGUGAGAGAGAGAGAGAGAGAGAGAUAGAGAUGGGAAAGAGCAGGGUUCUUGUGGUAGGGGGCACUGGAUACAUUGGGAAGAGGAUCGUUAAGGCAAGCUUAGCCCUGGGACACGAGACAUACGUGCUUCAUCGGCCGGAGAUCGGCCUCAACAUCGAAAAGGUCCAGAUGCUCUUAUCAUUCAAGGCUCAAGGGGCCCACCUCGUCGAAGGGUCCUUCUCCGAUCACCAGAGCCUUGUGGACGCCGUGAAGCAAGUCGACGUCGUCAUAUGUGCCAUCUCCGGCGUACAUAUUAGGAGCCACCAUAUCCUCCUGCAGCUAAAGCUAGUCGACGCCAUCAAAGAAGCCGGAAAUGUCAAGCGUUUUCUGCCGUCGGAGUUUGGAAUGGACCCAGCACGGAUGGGCCAUGCAAUGGAACCCGGAAGGGUGACAUUCGACGAAAAGAUGGCGGUGAGGAAGGCAAUCCAAGAUGCCGGCAUUCCCUUCACUUACAUCUCUGCCAACUGCUUCGCUGGGUAUUUCCUAGCCGGCCUUUGCCAAGUUGGUCAAAUCACACCUCCGAGAGAGAGCGUAGCCUUGUUGGGAGAUGCUAACGUUAAAGCCAUUUAUGUGGACGAGGACGAUAUUGGCACGUACACCAUCAAAACGAUAGACGAUCCACGUACAUUGAAUAAAACAGUCUACCUCAGGCCGUUGGAAAACAUCCUCUCACAGAGGGAGAUAAUCGGUAUAUGGGAGAAGCUCAUUGGGAAAGAACUUAAGAAGUCUACUAUAUCGGCGGAGGAUUUCCUCGCCAACAUGAAAGGUCUGGAUAACGCGCAGCAAGUGGGGUUGACACAUUAUUACCAUGUUUGCUAUGAGGGUUGCCUUGCGAAUUUUGAAUUAGGGGAAGAUGGAGUUGAGGCGUCGGAGCUGUAUCCAGAGGUUAAGUAUAUGCGAAUGGAUGAAUAUCUCAAACGCUAUUUGUAGAAAAUCUUAAAGACCUUCCCAAAAAAACAUUUGGUAGAUUUUAAUGGGUUUUUCUAUGGAAUGACCGUUAAAGGUCUCAAGCUUUGUGUGUUUGGGUUAUUAAGAAGUAUGGAUUGUAUGCUUUAAGAAAACUAAUGGUGUUUAUAUGUAUUUAAAUACUU